AAAAUAAAAAUUAACUUUAUCACGUAGAAGCUCUAAUUAUUGAAGCAAUCUAUCUCCCUUUCUCUCCUCCCUUGGAAGGAAAUACAAGAACAGCGGAAAUUGAUUCAAAUCCUCUCACACCUGAGAAACCCAAUUUCCUAAUUAUCUAUCUAUCUAUAUUUACAAAAUCUUUCGGCUUGUCGCUUCAAUUCCUUCCACUCUCAGUUUAUUGGGCCCUGUUGAAUUGAUGUAGAGGAUGGUGAGCUUGUGAUAUAGAAAUUUUGGACUAUAAAUUGCAGAGUUGUUGAUUGCAAACAAUGCGGUUGUUUCCUUUGAGCUCGAGCUCGAGUACAAGCUCGGAGAAGGAGCAGAGUAAUGGAGGGAGCAGUCGUGUGAUGUUGUAUCUUAACAUAUAUGAUCUUACACCUAUAAAUAACUACCUCUACUGGUUUGGUCUUGGGAUCUUCCAUUCCGGUAUUGAAGUACAUGGCAUGGAGUAUGGCUUCGGAGCCCAUGAGUACCCUACCAGUGGGGUGUUUGAGGUGGAACCAAGAAGUUGUCCAGGCUUUAUUUUUCGACGGUCUGUGUUAUUGGGCAGCACCAACAUGUCUCGAUCAGAAUUUCGGUCAUUCAUAGAACACCUGUCUGCAAAAUAUCAUGGAGACAAUUACCAUUUGAUUGCCAAGAAUUGCAACCACUUUACUGAUGAAGUCUGUAAGCGAUUAACUGGAAAGCCUAUUCCUGGAUGGGUAAAUCGGAUGGCUCGAUUAGUUUCAGGUUCUUUCUGUAAUUGUUUACUGCCAGAAAGUAUACAGAUCACAGCAGUUAGACAUCUUCCAGAUCAUCCAACGUUUUCUGACGAUGACGACGGGUUGGAAUCUGUUGGAUCAUCUACAACAUCAAGGAGCGAAGAAGAGGGUUCAAAUCAUCAUCUGCUCACUUCACCAAAUGGUGAAGUUGCAUUUUUAAAGGAGAAACCAGUGAGGCUAGCAAGGGAACUCCUAUAGGGUUUGUCCUGCAAUUCCUUUUCUUUCUAUCUCUCUAUUAUUUGUAGUUUGGUGUACGAUCUUCAGUAGAUCGGAGAAUGUGCCUUGGCUGAAUUAUUUAAAUGCUUCAGUGUAUGUUUCCUGGUAUAUGAUAAUCUCGCCCCAGAGUGCCUGUGAUUUCUCUAGAUAAAUUAUUAUACCUCAGCCUCUUCUCGUACCAAAACAGCUUAUGUACUUUCAUAGUUAGACAACCCUAAUCGGGCUGCUCAUAUAUAUCAAUUUCAAAGAAGCUCUCUUUGUUGGAGUA